CACUGAAAUUUCCAUCAAUGGAUGAUAAUCAGCUGGUUGUCUUUACUACAAUAUCAUCUACCCUUUUGAUUUUAUCAACCAUCUUAAUAAUAUUUAAUGCCACCAUGCCACUAGAUACACCGAUCUUCAACAUUGUUUCAGCAAUUUUCUUUGGAUUAUUCCUAAUAUGCCUAAUAUUUGGCUUUAUGAACAACUUGGACCUGGUAGUAUGGUGGUUUUCACCGUAUCCAUCGCAAUUUGUUGAAGCUUUUAUCCUCUGGUUACUAGUGUGCUGCCUUUUCGUCAUUGUAUAUACUACUUUAAUGUUGCCUAAAAUAUGGAACAAAUAACAGGAAUUAUUUGUUUGUUUGAUAUGCCUGAGAGUGGUGUCAAACCUGGUGCUUUUUGAUCAUGAUUUGAUAUUUAUCAUUUUAACGGUGAAAUAAUGUUGAUCAUGUUCCUUUUCUGUGAAG